AUGGAUAACGAUAGGUUGCAUGCAUAUUAUAGAGCUCAAUCUCUUGGUGCCAUGAUGUUAAAAACGACCGAGCAGUUAUUAAAUACGGACAAUCAUGACCUCCAACUAAAUAUUGAAAAUACAACUACCCGUAUGAACCGUGAUAACAAUGAUUUGAGAAUAAUCGCUGGAUCAAUCAAAACAAAUCCAUUUUUGAGUAACGAUGGUGAUCAGUUGUAUCGUCUGUCAACUGGUGUAGUUAUACCAGACGAUGUUGUUAAAGAGCUGUUAACGUGUGGCUCUGUUGGUGCUGUACAAGCAACAGAAUUCAUUACCAAACGAUUACUAAAUAAAGUAGUCAAAUAUGAUGAUAAAAUUGUUAGUAAUAACGUACGAACAUUAUCAAGUUACCAAGAAAUAAGUCGUCCAAUGGCAAAACCAAAAACUGAUAAACAAAAGAAGAAAAUUCAAAUGUUUUUAUCCAAUAUUUCAAUGAUUAAGACUCAUAGACAGUUGGAUCUUGUUGAUAUCUUCAAACAUGAGAUAAUAGAAUCACCGCCAGCUUUAUCUUUUGAAUCUGGAACAUUAUACCAUCCACAAGAGAGAAAUUCAAUUGUAUCAUAUUUUGAAAACUUAUUUCCAAAACAUGUUGUACGUGAUAAAUUUUCACUAAAAUGCCCAAUACAUUUAUUAAUUAAUGGUAGUGAUUUAUUGGUAAACGUUUCACCGACGAAGGCAGCAACAUAUGAAGAAUAUGCAAUAGAAACAAUGGCAGCUAUCACUGAGUCGUUUGAUAUAAUGGAACGAAUUGAUAUUGUGUUCAACUCAGACAUUACCACUGAAUUAAAAGAUUACAUUCAACAAACUUCAUCAUCAAAAAAUGUCAUUAAAGCCGUAAUUCAACCACAUCACAAAAUUGUUGAUGCAAAAAAAAUUAAGAAGUGGCAAGAAUUUAUCGAUUCGAAUGAAGAUGCUAUAGCAGCAUGUCUUAAGCAGGUCAGUCAGAGGUUAAAUUAUAUGGUCCCAUCGGGUAAAAAAUUGAUAAUCUCUGGACCUGACAAUAAUUCAGUUUUUAUCACGGACAGUGGAUACAAAAACUGUGACGAGCUCAAUUCAAAUCAACCAUUAUUAUGUACACGAUUGUUAUUUAACGCAUCACAAAAAAUGAAUGAUAAUUAUUCAAUGACAAUUAUAAAAUCGACUAAUACGGAUGUUGUUAUACUUGGUAUUGCAUUAAUGAAUAGUAUCGGCACUGAAGUCUGGAUUAAUGUUACAUCCGAUACCAGAAAUAAAGAAAAUAAAAGUCAAAAUCUUAAUGUUUCUGAGAUAAAUAAAGAAUUUUUUAUUAAAUAUCUAAUUUCAAGCGAAAUAUUAUUACCGUUACAUGCUCUAUCUGGCAGUGAAAUAACAUCACACAUUCGUGGAAUUACAAAGAAAACAAUUUUCGAUACAUUUCUAAACCAUGUUGACAAAUUUGAAAAAAUAUUAGAAAUAAGUACUUUUCCUUUGUCUGGCGAUUCACUACGAGCUGCAGAAAGUCUGUUACUAUGUGCAGCUAAGAAUAGUCAGUCAAACCUUGAUCAUGCUCGUGCUGUUGCUGCGGCAAAUUACAUGAAAAAAGGCGAUGUUUCUGAGUUAUUACAAAAGUUAUUACCAACAUCAAAUGCUUGGCUACAACAUUGUAGACGAGCAAACUUAAUAUCAACAAUAUGGCGACAAGCUUUAAAUAGACUAUCCAUUCUACCACCAUUCGAGAAUAAUGGCUUUAGUUUACAAGAUAAUAUAUUGUAUAUUCAAUGGACAUCGAUUUCUACUUGGCCUGAUCAAAUCAAUGGUUUAAGGAUUUGUACUUGUGAGAAAGGGGAUUGUUCCCGGUGUUUCUGCAGUAAACAAAAUGUUUAUUGCAUACCAGAAGUGUGUGCCUGUGAUUUACAAGUUUGUACUAGACGUAAACAAUAA